AUGACUGAGUGGCCCGUCAGCCGUGUGCGUCGGGAGUUUCUGAAAUUUUUCGAGCAGCGUGGCCACACCUUUGUCCGUUCCAGCCCUGUGGUUCCUCAGAAUGAUCCCACCCUGCUCUUCAUCAACGCCGGCAUGAACCAAUUCAAAGAUAUCUUUCUUGGCACGGCAGAUCCCAACACUGAAUUUGGACGCCUUACCCGUGUAGUAAACUCACAGCUUUGCAUUCGGGCUGGUGGCAAACACAAUGAUCUGGACGAUGUUGGCCGUGACACUUACCAUCACACAUUUUUUGAGAUGUUGGGUUCGUGGUCGUUUGGUGACUACUUUAAACGCGAAGCCAUUCGAUGGGCGUGGGAACUGUUGACGGAGGUGUACAAGCUUCCGAAGGACCGUCUGUAUGUGACAUACUUUGAAGGGGACCCUGCAAACGGCAUACCAGCCGAUGAAGAGGCAAAACAGUUUUGGUUGGAGCUUGUGCUCCCUGAGCAGGUUAUUCCUGGUAGUGCCAAGGAUAACUUUUGGGAAAUGGGGGAAACAGGGCCUUGCGGACCCUGCUCGGAAGUGCACUUUGAUCGCGUAGGCGGUCGCAAUGCGGCAGCGUUGGUGAAUAAAAACGAUCCGAUGGUGAUUGAAAUUUGGAACCUUGUUUUCAUGCAAUUUGAACGCGAUGAAGACGCGACGCUGACGCCCUUGCCGAAGAUGCAUGUGGAUACUGGCAUGGGACUUGAGCGACUGACGUCCAUUAUGCAAGGCGUGCACUCGAACUACGAUACGGAUGCCUGGAUGCCCCUCUUUGAGGCCAUUCAGGCGGUGACGGGGUAUGAAAAGUCAUAUGCCGAGAUACGUGAGCAAACAGACUCAGAUGCAACUGUGGCGUACCGUGUGAUAGCGGAUCACAUCCGUUGUCUCAGUGUUUCUCUGGCGGAUGGCGCCCUGCCAGACUCUGUUGGUCGUGGCUUUGUGUUGCGCCGCAUCAUUCGCCGUGCCGUCCGCUACGGCACGCAGUUCCUUGGGGCAAAGGUUGGUUUUUUUAGUCAACUUGUGGAUGCUGUUGUGACAUCAUUGGGCCCCUUUUUUACGCAUCUACAAGACCCGCGCACGGUGCAGCGCAUCAAAAUCGUACUUGCCGACGAAGAGGUGUCCUUCGCCAAGACGUGGGAGAUGGGACUUAAGCACUUCAAUAAAGCCGUGGCGGACGCUGUGGACAACUGCAUCAGCGGUGAAAACGCUUUUAUUCUGCACGAUCGUUAUGGAUUCCCUGUUGAUUUGACCUGCUUGCUGGCUGAGAAGGCCAUGCUAGCUGUGGAUAUGGACGGCUUUCACGCGGUCAUGAAGGCAAAUCAGCUUAGUGCAGGUCGUCUUUCUGCCACAAAGACGUUUAUUGAUGCGUAUCAACUGGAUGAGCUCAGGCAGAAAGGGAUUGCCUUUACGGAGGAUGCCGUUAAAUACACUUGGAAGAAUCACAAUGCAGAGGUAAAGGCUAUUUUCAACAAAAAAAUGGGGAAGUUUGUGGACGUGCUAAUGCCUGGCGAUGAGGGUGAGGAGGACAUUGGACUCAUUCUAGACGUCACAAACUUUUACGCUGAGUCUGGUGGCCAAAUAUAUGACACUGGCCGCAUUGUUGCUGCUACGGAUGCUGUGUUUGAGGUAAAAAAGGUAUACCACCUUGGUGGCUAUGUGGUACAUGUUGGAUGUAUGAUGAAAUCAAGCUCUACUCCUGUGCCUAUUCCUGUAACGGCCUCUGUGGAUCUACAGGUGGACUAUAAACGGCGGAUAGAUGUCGCCGCGAAUCACUCCACGACACACGUCCUAAACUGGUGUCUACGGCGCGUGCUGGAGGAGGACGCUCCUGAUAAUUAUAUGGAGGUUCAACAGAAGGGAUCCCUUGUCACCGACGAAAUGCUACGCUUCGACUUUAGCUACAAUGGAAAAGUCAGCCAAGAAGAUCUUGUCAAGAUCGAGAAUACUCUUAAUGAGAAAAUCCAAGAGGGGUUGGUGGUGUACCGCAAGGAAGUUGCACUUGAGAGCGCUAAACGCAUUGAGGGACUACGACAAAUGUUUGGCGAGAAGUACCCCGAUCCUGUCAGCGUCAUUUCUGUUGGCGUCUCAGUCGAUGACCUCCUUGCAAGGCCCGAGUGUAAAGAGUGGCGUGCAUACGCCGUAGAAUUUUGUGGUGGUACCCACCUAUCGAAUCUAAACGAGGCAGAGGUCGCUGUUAUUCUCUCAGAGGAAGCACUUAUGAAAGGGGUUCGACGGAUUGUUGUGGCGACGCGUGACGCCGCACGCAAGGCCCGUGCGCAGGGGGAGCUGCUGGAGAAGGAAUACCGCGAUAUCAUCGCCGGUGGGAUGACGGAUUCAACCGCCAAGAGCCUCUCAGUGCUGAACAAGAAGGUGGGUGACAGUCAGAUUCCACUCACGAUGAAAAAUGCCCUGCGAGAGGAGAUCGACGGAAGUAUAAAGAAUGCCUUUGCCAAUGCGAAGGCAAUGGCGGCACAGUUGAAGGAGAAAGCUGCCGCAGCAGGACGAGCGGCGGCAGAUGCAUAUGACGCGGUGAGAAAUCCAUUUUUUGUGAAACGGCUGAGUGGCAUUGGUGCUGAGCGCGAAGCACUGCAGGCCUACGCUGAUGGGUUCACAGGCGCUGUGCAAGGCAGCGUUGGCAUCUUUCUCUUCGGUGCUGAUGCGAACAAGGCACUCGCGCUGGUAACACUUCCACCGGAGUUCACGGCGAAGAAACUGAGCGCCGUCGAUUGGGCGAAGGCAGCCGUCGGGAAAGGCGGAGGCAAACCGCACGCCGCACAAUCAGGUCUUCCCUCCUCUGGUGUUGAUGCGGCGAUGGAGAGGGCGAUUGCAGAGGCGGCGAAGAUGAAGGCUGUACUGUGA